AUGACAACUACUAAGAAACAUUUGAAAUCAGAUUCUGAUUGUCCACCAUUAAAAGAAAAUCAAUUAAGAUUAUAUAGCAUGCGUUUUUGUCCGUUUGUACAACGAACUAAACUUGUUUUAGCUGCUAAAAAUAUUCCUUAUGAAGAAAUACUUAUCAAUCUUGGUGAUAAGCCCGAUUGGUAUAUAAAAAAACAUCCAGCUGCAGAUGUUCCAUUAUUAGAAUGGAUUGAUGGUGGUUCAAAAAAAGCACAAUCAAUACCAGAAUCACUUGUUAUCAGUGAUUAUCUCGACAAUUUAUAUAACGUACAUCGUCUCCAUCCUAAUGAUCCAUUUACUAAAGCUAAACAACAAAUACUUCUUAGUAAAUAUGGAAAUGUAAUGUCUUCUUUUUAUAAAAUAGUUCGACAAAGUGAAGGUAAUAAUAUUGAAGAAUUAAAUAACACUUUAGCUAUUUAUGAAGAAGCACUUCAUGAUACAUUUUUUGGUGGAUUCAAACCAGGAAUGUUUGAUUUUAUGAUAUGGCCAUGGUUUGAACGUUUCCCAGUUAUAAGUGAAUCUGGUUUUGUCUUGAAUGCUGAUGGUAAAUUACCCAAACUUGCCAAAUGGGUUGAAGCAAUGAAAGCAAAUGAAGUUGUUCAAAAAGUGAAAGUACCUGAAGAAAUGAUGAAAAAGUUUUUUAACACUGUUCGAGAAGGCAAAGCAGAUUAUGAUAUUGAAUAG